AUGGCAGCGGCAACCUCGUCCUCGCGCAUGCUCCUCGUCCAUCGCGACUUCUCUCGCAACCUUGACCACGUCGCCAGCAUCUCCGCCUCCUUCUCUUGCAAUCUCACUACCCUUCAAGACACCUUCCAAGACGCUCUUCACGUCGCCCUUGCUAACUUGCCGCGCUCCCGCAGCACCCUCGACGACCUCCUUCCCCCACUCAGUCUCUACAAGAAUUACCGCGAUACCUCUGGCGUCUGGCGCCCUGCUUCCUCCAUCUACUCCGACGGCGAUAACUACACCUCCCCCAUCUCGCCAGACUUUGCAAACGUGGCUGCCCGAAACACGUACACCUCCGCUGUGGCGGACAUCUCGCCCCCGAGCUCUCCUGAUAUGGAAGUUCACGGAAAUGGAACCCCCACGCAGGGUCGUGGCAACGUCUCUCCCAUGGAUGAGAGCCCGGACAUGUCGCAGCUCGACCUCGGCGGCCACCACCAACCAGAUCAUCACCAGGUUCAGCAAAAGACAAAUAUCCCCAUGAUGCGCCGCGAGCGUCGCAAGAACCAAGAAGCUGCCGCUCACACCCUUCGAGAGACCAAAUCCCAGCAACGCCUGCGGAUCCAGCGCGAGACCAAGUGGGAUGACAUGACAGGCGAACCCACGUCCCAGAACACGGGCCGUGCGGGUCAGGUCAGACCACAAGAGUACGCCCAGGAGUUUGGAUCAAGUCAGCAGUUCGGCAAGUCCCCGGCCGCAUUGAGAGCCAUGCAGAACGCACCACAGGCGCAGCAAUCCUUUGGUGACCGCCUGCGAAGGUUGAGGCCCAUCGGCGGAAGCCCAAAGCAGCAGCAGCAGCAGCAACAGCCGCCGCAAUCGCCGCAAUCGCCGCCUCAGUCAUCGACGGCACCCGAUGUCAUUGACGAGCGCCCACCAUGGCGAGGUGCAAGCGGACGAGCGCCCAUCGUGAGCCCAGUCCGUGACACGAAGCCUGCAGCACCUCUCAAUAUUCCGCCCAAGAGCACCAGACGCGCCGCCGUUGGGCCUCGGCUGCCCAUCGCGGGUGUCAAUUCACCACUGUCCCCUGUCAGUCCCUCGGGAUCUGAAACGUCACCACGAUCAAGGACGCCGACCAUCAGAACUGUGCUCAAUGCUCCCCGCCAGCUGACUGCUUCCACCUCGUCCUCUCCCUCCGCCGCUCGCACCCCUCCACCCGCACAGUCAGCGUAUCCCAGCCCUCCCAACUCCGGCGCUGGAGUCCAAUCGCCCGUACAUGCGACGCCUGAAGCCACUACUGACGCCAAGGUCACGAAGCGACAGCCCCCAUCCCUGACGGGCCUGCCAGCUGCCCCUAAUGCACAUCUCGGCCUCGACAAGGCUAUACGAAGAAAGCCUCCUCCUGCCAACUCGCAAGCGCUUCACGCUCCGCAGCCCUCCUACUCCUCGAGCAUCUACUCGGAGCAGACUGUCCACGCACUCGCCAGCAGUCACGAAAAGUCGCCGCCUCGCGUUCCUGCAGCAGCCCAGCGUGAAGCAGCACCAGUAGCACUUGCCAAGCCGACCGACCCCUGGGCUCAGCCUCCCUCGAGAUUCAGCGUCACCACCUACGAGACUUCCGCAGAUCCCGACACGCCUCGCGAAUCUGCAGAGACGGAUCGGCCUCCGGUGCCAUCUCUCCCGACGCCACCGCAGCAGCAAAAGGACGGUGUAAUGAACCGCAAGCGACCGCCUGUACUCAAGUCCACCAGCCCGUCCAUCAACCCAGAUCAGCCCUUUGUCAUCUCCAUGUCGUCUCCUUACAUGUCGGGCGCCUUCAACGAAAACACUUCGCCGCCACCUGCCCGGACCCAGCUGCCCAGCCAGAAGCAGCCGUUGCCUAGAACGAGCUCUGCCAGUCUGUACAGCAGCUCGAGCCGCCCAGAGUCGGUUUGGUCUACUAGCAAAGCCUUGCCCCCGCCGCCGACCGAGCUCUCCAUGGUCAACGAUCGUGUGGGCUACCUCAACGCCCGAUUGGAGUCGUUGGGCAACCGCCGCAUCAACAUCAACCAGGCCAUCAAACAAAUGACGGAGCUCAUGCCGACCGACAGCAUUCUGGCUAGCGAGGCCGUUCUUAGGAAACGCGAGGCCGAGAAGCGCAAGGUGGAGGCCCUCAAAGUUGAGCUCGCCGAGGUUCAACGAGAGGAGUACGAGAUUGGCCUCAAGUUGCACAGAGCGUACAAGAGGAUGGAUCGCAAUGCAGAGUACGAGCCGACGACGCUCUGGGUGAGGAGAGUUACUGGCUAG